AUGCCUUCCUCAAAGGUCUUUGCAGCCAUCUUGGCUGCUCUGGCCGUGGUCGACGCCAGCCCUUGUAAGCCCAAGCCUGUCACAACCAGUGGUUCAACUGCUCCCGUUGUGACUACUUCUGGCUCAACCGACAUUCUUUCUUCUACUGCUACUACCGAGACUGCCGCUACCACCACCACUGAGGCUGCUUGCUCUCACUACACUCCUUACACCGAGAUUGUCCCCGCCGAUUGCGGUAAGACUGGUGUUGCACCUAACUGCGCCGAUAAGGUCAUUGGAUCUCCUAUCACUGUUACCGACUAUGCUCAGUGUGGUAACACUUGCGGCAUGACCGUUGGCUGCAAGUCCUUCUCCAUCAAGGGUUCUUCUUGCACUCUGUACAAUGCCCCCGUUUCUUCACUCGGAUAUACGUUCAGCGAGGGCUCCGAUGCUAGCCACUUCUAUGACCUCGACCUUUGCUUCGGAUGUGGUGAGGACACAACUACCUCUGGUACUGAGACUGCCACUGGAUCUCAGACUACUGAAACUGAGACUGAGACCUCCGCUACUGGCUCUGCUACCGAGACCACUGGUACUGCUUCAGCUGGAACUACAACUGCUACCGGCUCAGAGACAGAGACUUCAGCUACUGGUUCCGAGACUGGAACAACCACUGCCACAGGCUCUGAGACCGAGACCUCUGGUACAGCCCAUGCUACAGGCACAACCGACACUGAGACCUCAGCCACUGGCUCCCAAACCGAGACCACAACUGCUCCUGGCGCUACCACUGAGACCUCAGCUACCGAGACCCUCACAGCCAACACAGACACAACAACAGCCGCUGCCACAACUACAACCUCCGCCGGCUGCACAGCCUACACACAAGUCGCCAACCCUCCUUACAACAACUGCAACGUUAGGGGCUCUGCAAGUGGUGGCGCCUCCAUGAGUCAACUCGCAACCUACGGCAACACUGCCAGUGUCAACGACUGUGCCCUUAAAUGUGCUAACUACCACGAUGCUACCAAGCCCAACGAUAAGUGUCUCUCCUUCGCCCUAGACGGGUCCAACACUUGCUAUGUCUACAGUGUUCCUGUUAGCACCCUGGGCAUCAACCGCAGCGGCCUUCCUGCUUGGGAGUUUAAUGAUUUGGAUGCUUGUUACUCUUGUGAUGAAGGUGCUGCUACCACCACCACCACUGCUGCUGGUGUUGACACUACUACUACUGCCGAGACUGGCUCGGAGACUGGUACUACCACUGAAGCUGCUGGAUCUACAACAACUACUGAGGCUGGCUCUGACACAACUACCACCACUGCUGCCGUCGAGUCUUCUACCACUGAAGCUGCCACGACCACAACCUCCGCCGGCUGCACAGCCUAUACCCCCGUCGCCAACCCCCCUGCUGCCAGCUGUGACGUCCGAGGCGCCCCCAACGGCUUCGCUGCUUUCAUGGCCCAGCUCAUUGGCAUCCCUAACUCCAACACUGAAGACUGUGCUCGCCAGUGCGGUCUGUACCGCAGUUCCACCAUUGUCGACGAUAAGUGUCUCUCGUUCGGUCUGGACGCCAGCAAUACUUGCUACCUGUACAAGGUCCAACUUAGCAGCUUGAACGUCGAUGCUGCUGGAACUCCUGUCUUGGAGCUUCAUGACUUUGAGGCUUGCUAUUCUUGUGAUGAGGGUGGUGCUACUACUACUACUGAGAGCGGAACAACUACUACUGUGGAGUCGGGAUCGUCCACUACUGAGGCUGUUGUUGGAUCUACUACUACUACUGAGGCUGGAUCUGAUACCACUACCACUGCUGCUGGGGUUGACACUACCACUACUGAGACUGGCUCGGAGACUGGCACUACUACUACUGAAGCUGGUGCUGGAUCUACAACCACCACCGAGGCCGGUUCUGAUACUACCACUACUGCUGCUGAUGUUGACACCACUACCACCGAGGCUGGAACUACUACCACCGAGGCCGGCUCUGAUACCACCACCACAACAGCCGCUGGUGUCGAUACCACUGCCACCACUACCACAGAAGCUGGCGUCGAGUCUACCACCACUGAAGCUGCUUCCACCACCACCGACUCCGUCUGCACCGGCUACACUCCCGUCCCCAACCCUCCCAGCACCAGCUGCGCCGUCAAGGGCAAGACCUACAAGACCUACAUCUCCACCGAUACUGGUAGCAGCGCCGAUGUGUGUGCUAGCAAGUGUAGCGAGGUCUCUGGCUGCAAGACCUUCGCUUACAAGGCUUCUUCAUCCACUUGCACUUUCUACACUCAGACUGUGAGCGAGCUCCAGAUCAACAACUGUGCUUCUGCCGAGGAGUCUGAGUUCUAUGAGUUUGAGAUCUGCUAUGCUGGUUGUGGUCAGGCUACUACCACCACUGAGGCUGCUGGUUCUACCACGACAACUGAUGCGGGUGUUGAGACUACUGCUACUACUACUACUGAGGCUGGUGAGGGAUCUACCACCACCACCGAAGCUGCUGUUGCUUCUACAACCACAACCGAGGCUGGUGAGGCUUCAACCACUACAACUGAAGCUGGCGCUGCUUCAACCACCACCACCGAGGCCGGCGUUGCUCCCACAACUACAACUGAAGCUGCUUCUACCACUGAGGCUCCUACAACCACCACCACCGAAGCUCAGUCCACCACCGAAGCUCCCACCACAACCACCGAAGCCCCCGUGUGCACCAACUACAUUCCCCUCCCCAACGCUCCCUCAACCUGCGGCAAGCAAGGCAAGGUCUCCUGCCGCUCCACCCAGAAGCUCGGCCAGGCCACAUCCGUCACCGACGUCAACGCCUGCGGCAAGCUCUGCGGCACAACCCUCACCUGCAAGACCUUCUCCUACACCCCCAAGUUCCGCAGCACCGGCGGUUACUGCCAGCUGUACUCCGCACCCCUGGCCCAGCUCAGCUUCACACCCUGCAACACGGGCGUCAAGUUCUACGACCUCGAUACCUGCUACACCUGCUCCAACACCCCCACGCCUACACCACCCGCUACGUGUUCCAAGUACGUCCCUGCGUUUGAGAAGUGCGCCAAGGACACGCACUGCGGAACACGCGGUGAGAUCUGCCAGGAGGAGAAGAUCAAUGUCGUGGGCGAUGCGUCGUGCCUUGAGAACUGUGCCAAGAGCUGUAUCGACUAUGGCAAGGAGUGCAAGUACUUCAGCUACCAGCCUGCGUUCUACAACAGCGCUGCCAAGUGUACGCUGUACAAGAGCGGCAAGAUCAACAAGAAGAGCACUUCUUGGGUCAAGUUCUACGAGCAGGAUUGCUUCAAGUGCCAGCAGUCCAAGUAA